UACAUACUAUUGCACAUUCCUACCAGCAGUUUUUGGCCAAUGCAGCAGGGAGGGUGCAAAUGGGCCUGGAAAAUGGGCCUGCUGGCCUUGAUGAACAGCCAUGUACAUUGCAACAUGCCCAGGAUACACAUCACACCAUUAUGAGCAUUUACAGCAUGCAAAUGGUGGAUACCAGGACAGGUGAUGGAAGAACCAUAUGGCAUAUAGACUGGAGUUUCCAUUAUGGAUGGCCAAAAUGAUCAGGACCAUGGUUUCAGUACCAUGUUAGAUGGAAUUAGUGACAGGCAAAUUCCACCCAAUAUAGUCACUCCAAGUGGGUGACUGAGGUGGCAAGGCCACCGCAUUUAGGGUUAGGCUCCCAA